CUAAACGCCUUAUUUUCCGUACAGCUAAACUCCACACAUCGCAAUGAUGCAGUUUUUGGGCCUGAUGAUUAGUAAGCUCAUAAAACCACUUAUGAUUAAUUCCCAUGCAGCUGGAAAGCCAAUCACGCAUAUACAAUAUCCUACAAGCCCUUCGACUACUGUUUUCAAUUAUCCCUUUAUUUUGAAAGUCCUGAAUAAACGUUUCCCCUGCUGCCUUUCCGCGCUCACGCGUUGUUUUGGGAACCCGGCGAGCGCGCGCUUCCCGUUCCGUAGCCGCCUGUCAUCGUUCGGGCUGACAUCACACGGAGGAUUCGCCACAAUGUCAAACAUCCACAAGCAGCGCGAGCUCAUGGCUUCCCCGCGCCACAAUGAGAAGCGUCGCCUCGUGCUCCUGCUCAUCCUAUAAAGACAAAACUCCAUUCACCUUUUAUGGGUUUAUGUUCCCGGACAGGAUGCGUUUGAGUGUGUGUCCCAGCAGGUCUGUUUGAGUGUGUGAACCAGGUCAGAGGUCAUGCUGCGGAGGGAAUCUGACUCCCGCGGCCUCUUUUCCUCCGGCGAGACGUCUGACAAUGACUGUGAGAGGGGGGUGAGUUGUGGAGAGGGAGACAUAGUGUGUCUGUGCGAGGCUGGUCCCUGUACACUUUAUUCAGGAGCACAUACACCUACGCCGGAAACACUGCUGUGUGAACACUGUGGAAAAAACAGAGUAAUGAUAACCAGGUACUCUGAGGGAUAUGGCACAGAGGAGGAGUGUGCUUUGUCUGACCCUCAGGGGGAAAGUGACGCAGAUGCUGAUAUAGAGGACGCAGAUUGCAGACUCCAGGAGCCAGGUUCACUCCAGCGGAUCAGCUCGCGGAGACGCAAACGUCCACGGGUAGCGCGGCAAGACACCACCGAGAGUGAAGACGAUGGUGGGCGGAGCCACAGAUCCCAUCGCUGGAACCUCAGGCUCAGUCCUGACAGAGCACACAGCAGGACCAUUCUGGAGGAGAGCAUAUCACAGGUCAGGCCGCUGGUCAUCUGUCAGCCGAACAUCGAAAGGCAGAAGAGUCCAGGUGAACUGCCCCGAGGCUCCAAGCUGAUGUCUCUGUGGCCGUCAUCCCUCUCUCUCCCUCUUAUUCUCCUCCUCUCGCUGCCUCUCUCUCUCUCCCUUGUCAUUGUUAUUGUGUCUUUCCUCCUACCAUGGGCCAGAGCCUGACCCAGCUCUUCAUCUGCAAAAGAAGAGUUUCAUUCCAAAAAUUACAGAAAGUCACUCUUGACAUGUAGUGGAUAGCACAAAAUGGAAACAAAACUAUGGUGUGUUAAGACAGGACAGCAUGCUUUUAGAAAUAUUGAAUUCAGAUUUUCUGUUUUAUCUACCAGAGUAUAUGAGAUUACAUUUAGAAGCAUUUAAAAUAUCUUCUUUUUUAGGCAAAGUCGAACAUUUGGCUCCAUUAUAACCAAAAAGGCACAAGUUGGAAUAGUUCAGUGUUUCAUACUGCACCUGUUAAAACAACACUCUAUACAGAAUCUGUUCAUGACAAAAACAUCAACCUUGUGCUUGCUUCUGCCUCAUAAAAUCUCACCUUCCAUCUCACUUCCUCACCCCCUCAUUUGUAAAAAUAGACCUCUUGUCUCGCUCCUUGUUCUAAUGAGCCACAGGAGCGAUAGGUGGGGGGAAAGGUUUCACGGCUGCACAGGUACAUUCAAACUGUAAAAUAACAGACUCACUAGGAAAACGUAAACGACAAUGCUGCUGAGCUAUGCAAUCUCUCUGUUCCUACUACGGCAUCUGAACUGCUGUAAAAGAAUGUCUCCUAUGUCCUUGGUAGUCGCCUCACCUUCUUGACCCCUUUUCUCUCUGAGGAAUACUGUAGUAUUGCGGACUGGUGGUUCUAAAAUAGAGCAUGACCCGAUUAAAAAAGCAAUAUCGGAGAAGAGAUCUGAUUGUGUAUGAUCUACAGUACAUCUGUUGUUUCAUGAAUAGGGUACAUGUAUGAUUUUACUUGUUGCACACUGGAUCCUUCUCUUUUUUCCUGCCUGCACUUGUGUAUGUUUUUAGUAAAAUAAGGUGACCUCACAUUAAAAUGAGCUUUAGUGGAAAUUAAUUAUGUUAAAGCAAUUUAAAGAUUUAACCAAACUAUGUUUUAGUCUUAUAGUUCAAACAUUACUAUCAUAUUUAAUAUUAUUUAUGUCUGUGUUUGUGAAUUAUUAGCUAGAAGAAAGGUGAGCUUGACAAUCAGUCAUGCUGCUUAUUUCAAAUUGAAAUAGCUUCUCUGUACUGUAUAUUUAAUGUUAUGUUUUUUGUAUGAUUUUGAAGUCAUGUUUUUUUUUUUACACCACACUGAGGUUGCUUAUAUUCCUGUGGAGAAAUGUUUCCAAAUUAAGAUCACGUUGAGCUAAGUGAAUUAAUGUCUAGGACCUUUUUGUCUUCUAACUUGUUGCAUUGCCUUAUAUCUUAAAUUUAAUUUCCACGUGUAUGUUCACCUCUGUUUCAUGGAGCCAUAAAAGUUCAAUAAAACUAGAUUGUAUUUUGACAAAAAAAACCAUCUUUUUUGUGUAAACUAGCAGUGUAAAAACACCAUGUUGUGGUUUUUUGAGGGCUUAUGUGUGAGACCACUGCUUAAUUAGACACAUCCGGAGUCUCUAAUGGUAACACCCUUAAAAGCACAACUUGCUUUUACACUUCAGGAUUUGUAAGGGUAAAAAAUGAGAUGUAACAUGUUACUGAGAUUUAGAGGUAUGCUAGACUGAUUGGAUGGAGGCGUGCUCCCUGUUAAUUUUGGUAAGUUUUUCCUGAAAUGCUGAACUGUUCCUUUUAAUUUUUAUACAGUGUCUCCUACAAGUGAAGAUGAUACUUGCCCUUCUUCUCCUAUGAAGAAUGCAUGUCCCAGCAGGGCUUGUAGCUCUUGCGGAAAGGGCCUGAGGGGGAGGGUCCCAUAACGAGGUUAACACUCUUCACUCCUCCUCUCAUUGUUGUCAUGGUAACAAUCAGGACUGCAGAGGAAACAGACUUCUCAUCAGUAGAUUGAGAGCUACUGCCCAGAGUGAAACACAUAACUGUAGGUGAUAAUGUGAAUGCAGUAACAUCUGCACAUCAUCUGUGUAACAAACUCAGGAUGUGAACAUGAUGGUAAACAAUACGUUUAACUUUGUUAAUGCGACUCUGCUCUCCUCCAUAUCAAAUAAUGCUUUGCUCUGUGGCAUUUACAGAAAAGUUGUUUUCAAUAUAUGAUUCAGUUUUAUUUUUUAAAUUUCAAUGGAGCUGUGUGAUGGUUGGAUACAAUACAUUGAUUGUACAGAGCUUUUUCAGGGUGUCUCUAAAAAGCAUGU